CCUCUACCCAGGUAUGGCAGUUGUACUGACAAUGCAUCACAGGUCCGUUACAGUUGCCCUGUUUGAGCAUUAAUAUGACAGGAACCUGUGCCCCCGUGGCCUUUCUGUGUCGUUUCUGUAACACCGUGUCUAGCCUUAUAUGCACUGUGUACACACUCGAGUUAUGCAGAGAGAAUCCCUCCUGUGGCUCUGUACAGGGCUGUCAAGGGGCGUACAGUCCACCCCUAUGUUGCUGAUAUGACAUACGUCAGACUAAGUCUAGGGUCUAGCAGGUAUAAUGCCGGCGGCCGCUGUCGUGUACAAGCCUCCUGGUUGCUCCGAGUCAACUUCAUAUUCAUAUUUAAACUCUGUUAUAGGAUACUAUGCAUGCCCCAUCCAUAGCUCAAUUGGCCCCCAUUGUCCAUGUCCAACCCUUCCUCCAGUGAUGAAAUUGCAAAGCAAGCUCCCGAGAGCGUCUCGAAAUCCAUCGAAAGCGUUGUAAAUACCAGCCUUGUCGACCCCUCGGAUGCGCUAAGUUUUCCCGAAGGUGGUCUUACCGCUUGGGGCACAGUGCUGGGCGCUUUAUUGAUCCAAUUCUGUGGCUUCGGAUAUGUCAGCGCUUACGGUGUCUUCCAGGACUUUUAUACCCAAAAAUACCUAACUAAUUCCACACCAUCUGCAAUCGCCUGGAUAGGAAGUAUCAAUGCGUUCUUGAUUUUAUCAGUUGGUAUCGUGUCAGGAAGAAUGGUCGAUCGGGGCGCAUUUUACCCUGUGAUGAAAAUCGGCUGUCUCCUCCAAUGUUUCUUCCUCUUUAUAUUGUCCCUGGCAAAACCAGAACAGUAUUAUCAAAUAUUCCUUUCCCAAGGUAUCGGUUUAGGUUUUGCAAUGGGCCUCACAAAUGUCCCGUCGAUCGCCAUAGUAUCGCAUCACUUCCAGCGACGCAGAGCUUUUGCGAUGGGAAUCGUCGCCGCGGGAGGGUCACUGGGUGCGAUCUUGCACCCAGUCAUGCUCAACAAUCUUAUCAAUGGAAGACUUGGCUUUGCAAACGGUGUUCGUGCGAGUGCGGCUCUGAAUGGUGGCUUGCUUUUCAUCGCAAAUCUCCUGAUGCGAACAAGGCUUCCACCGCAACCAAAGAUCGUUAGCUACACCCGCGUUCUUCAGAACUCGUCGAGAGAUGGUGCUUAUAUCUGUACCUGUGUAGGGAUGGCUGCUUUUGAAUUCGGGUACUUCUUCGAAUCCUUUUAUCUCCAGUUAGAUUCCAGCCUGCAUGGUCUAAGUCAAGGAUUUUCGUUUUAUUCACUCACUAUCCUUAGUUCUGGUUCUUUCAUCGGAAGACUUGCUGCGGGUGUUGUCGCUGCAUACGUGGGCAUCCCGAACACCAUCAUCGUCUCUUCAUUAAUAUCCUCCGCUGUACUAUUUGCAAUGGUUGGCCUGCACUCGACCACCAGUGUAGCUGUUAUAGCUGUAAGCUAUGGAGUUUUUUCCGGUGGUGUUGUAGCAAUGAUGGGCCCGUUGAUAUCGCAUCUGACUCCUGAAUUCUCGCAUACUGGCGCACGGAUGGGGAUAACGUUUGCGACAUCUAGCAUGGGGGCACUCGUGGGUGCACCAAUCUGUGGGGCCAUCCUGACGUCGCAUUACAUCUGGUGGAAGGCUGCUAUCCUUGCUGGGAGUGUCGCUACUGGCGGCUGUAUCUUGUUCGUAUCCAUGCAAGUCAUCUUGAAGAUGCGUCAAAAGACUUCAAGUGUUUACUCCAAGGGAGCUGGAGUCUGAUUUGUGUCACCCGAGCAUGUAUGUAAAACUAUUCGCAUUGCACAUGAGAGAAUUUAUAUAUUUAUAUAUCGCAAUAAACGAAACUGUUAGGACAUAGGUGCUCUGCGAGCUGUCCUGGGGAAUAGCGUACCGGAAAAGAGAGAACAAAAG